AUGAAAAGCAGGAUCCGGCACAUAAUAGAUGAAAGCUGGUUUUACAGCAAUGGUGGCCAUGUUGUAGUAAACACCGAGGAUAUAAAGCCUAGUCAUGUUGUGUUGAGUCCCAACCUAACAACUUGUCAUCCAUCGUAUACGGAGCAACAUAAACACGUCAAGUGCUGUCCUCCAAAACGCCUUUCUGAAGAGCCCAUCAUUGAUUUCCAGUUCCCUGAUCCGUCAGCUCAACCAAUUCGUGUUCGACGACCUGCACAUGUCAUGAGCCAAGACAUAGAUUUUGUUGCCAAGUACAACAAAGCUAUAGCCAUCAUGAAAUCACUUCCUUACGAUGAUCCUCGUAACUUCAUGCGCCAAGCUAAUAUUCAUUGCACAUUCUGCACAGGAGCUUAUAAUCAACAACACUUUAAUACCCUUAUGAGUGUUCACAUGUCGUGGAUCUUCUUUCCGUGGCACCGCAUGAUGAUAUACUUCCAUGAAAGAAUCCUUGGAGACCUUAUAGGAGACGAUACUUUUGCUCUGCCAUUUUGGAAUUGGGACUCACCGGUGGGAAUGCACGUUCCUGACAUGUUCCUCAAUGGGUCAUUAUCUGAUAAACAACGUGACGGUUCUCACCUUCCUCCUCAAGUGGUCGACAGCAACUACCAAGGAAAAGAAAGAGGGUUAGCAAGCAAGGAACAGAAAGCAUACAACGUUGGUUUGAUGUACACACAAAUGAUUUCCGCCGCAAAAAAGCCAGAACUAUUCAUGGGUUGCCCUUUUAAAGCCGGCAAAGAUGGGUAUUGCAAGUCCCCGGGGACUUUAGAGAAUGCACCUCACAACACAUUACAUUAUUGGAUGGGUAGCAGCUUACGACAUGAAAGGGAGGACAUGGGAUCAUUAUACUCCGCUGCUCGCGAUCCCAUCUUCUAUUCACAUCACUCUAACAUCGACCGCCUUUGGGAGGUAUGGAGGAAACUUCUUAACUCUAAAAACAUUGAUCCUGAAGACCCUGAUUGGUUAGACACCGAAUUCUUUUUCCACAAUGAGAAGUCGCAACUUGUUAGGGUCAAAAUCAGAGAUGCUCUUGACAUUACGAAGCUAAGGUACACCUUUGAAGAGGUUGUAAAUCCUUGGAGUCAUAUUAAUGCACGUCCUAAGCCGGCUGUUCCUCCUCAUAUGGCAAAACAGAUGUUGAAAAUGAGAAACAAUGAUAAUGGUGGGUUACUCUUGACAGCAUCCGACUUUGGCCGCACUGGUCGAAUUCUGGAUAAUGUCGUUAGAGUUCAGGUUCAGAGGCCUAGAACCAAUAGAACGAAGAAUGAGAUAGAAUACGAAGAAGAAGUUCUAGUUGUGUACGGGAUUGAUAUCAAGACGGAUGUUUAUGCCAAAUUUGACGUGUACGUAAACGCGGUUGAUGAGAAUGCGAUCAAUCCAACAACAAGGGAAUUUGCAGGAACUUUUGUUAACAUGCGCAGAGGUGUUAAGGAGAUGAUGAACGAGGACGAUGUAGCUGUGGAUCACAUGAAGAGCAAUCUUAAGUUGGGGAUUUCGGAGCUGUUGGAAGACUUAGAAGCAGAUGGCGAUGAGAGUAUUUGGGUGUCCUUGGUGCCACAAGGUGACACUGGUGUGAAUAUCUCCAUUGACGGGAUUCGGAUUGAGUACCUUAGAUGAGCGAUUCUCCUUCAUUUUUGCCGCACUGUAUGCUCAGAAAGAAGUAACUACUAGUAGUUCGUGUACUGUCAAGUUCAUAAGGCAUGAAUGGAGAAGGAAUUCAUUCUGGAGUCAACGAAAGUCAAAUGAAUAAUGGCCCGAAUCCUGCAAAAUGAUGUAUCCUUAACCCUAAAGAAGGUAACGGAUAUCUUUUUGGUCAACUUUUUAGGCCAAA